GCAUAUUUAAAGCCCUGGCUUCAGUCGCAGGAGCAGCGGAGAACCGAUGCAGCUGAAGCUGCCGCGGAGCCCAGCGACUCAGCGGAAAAACACACGGAGAAGGCGGCUGACACGACCCGGUGAGGUACAACUUCAGGGCUGAAAUUGCUGCCUGGACCAAAAAACAACGUCUCAGUGACAUUUAUGAAGCUUUUAAGGCCUUUUGAUUAAUCAGCCAAUCGAUGGGGAUUUUCAGAGGAGCUCCGCCCACCGCCGCUGCCUGCUCUCCUCCCCCGGCACCCCGCACUCCCGCCCACUCCGUUGUCCAGCCCUCCAUACAAAAAAUGACUCUGGAACUCACUGAAUGGUCUUCUAUAUGGAUUUUUACUGCCUCAAAUAGACAGUAAGGAAAGAGGGAGAAACCUCAAUGACAAAAAAGACAAAAAAGCCAUAAACGCACGCACACACACACACACACACACACACACAUGCACACAUGCACACAUGCACAUGUACACACACACACCAAUAAGCAAAUGCACACUAUCUUGGAAUGUACCUCACACUCUACCUGUGAAAAGUCAACUGCUUCCGUCAUUUUGGAGAAUUUCUAAAGGCGUUUGGAAAUCUGAGUUUGUCCUUUCCACUGUUUGAGAAACUACGCAACAAAAAGAGGAUUUUAAAAAAGAAGAAGAAAAGUUUUGAAUUUGAAGUGUUUUUGGACAAUUUGUUUAGUGAACAAAUGAUUGCUGAUAGAUUGUUUUGGUUUCCUUACGUAUGCUAAUCUGGAAAAAAGAGAUUCAGGCUUGAUGAUCAGAUAAUAUAUAUAUAUAUUUUUUCUUGAUUUGUUCACUGUCCACAGCCUUUUUAAUUUGAAAAGAAAUCAGUUUUAAAUUUGUGUUUUUGAAAAAAAAUUCUGUUACAGUUACAGCACCACCUGUAAAGCAAGUUAUAUAAGAAAGUUACAAACACAGACAGUUUGUGAAGAUUGUAAUUUGGUGGCUUUUUGGACGUCACCACUAGUUUUAAAGUCAUUUCAGGUAACCUGCGGCAAUUGCUGUCAGAUUUGUUAGAAGGGGUUGCGCUUGUUCGUGUGGUGCGCUUGUUUUCUUGUUGCGUGCAUGCCCUCCACCAUGCCUCCCCAGAACACAGAGGCUGACGCUAUGCAGGUCGGAUCUCUCGUGGAUGGAAUUCACAACAAAAACUCCACGGCAUCAGGAACGGACGAGGAGAAAGGAGGAGGCGGCGGUGGCGGGGUGGAUGGACCGGGAGGAGGUGGUCGUGGCGGGGAGGAGUCGGCGAGCGAAGGAUCGAUAGAAGGCAUUACUCUGAAGAGAUGGGUGAUGCACGGGGCUGUGAUGUUCGGCCGUGAGUUCUGCUACGCCAUGGAGACAGCGCUGGUGACACCUGUACUGCUGCAGAUAGGUCUUCCAGAGCAGUACUACAGCCUGACGUGGUUCCUCAGCCCAGUGCUCGGCCUCAUGUUCACUCCUCUGAUCGGCUCGGCCAGCGACCGCUGCACUCUGCGAUGGGGCAGGAGGAGACCGUUCAUCCUGGCGCUCUGUAUCGGCACGCUGUUAGGAGUGGCUCUGUUUCUCAAUGGAUCACUGAUAGGUCUGUCUUUUGGCGAUGAGCCAGGAAGUCAACCGAUUGGCAUUGUUCUCACCGUGCUGGGAGUCGUGGUGUUGGACUUUUGUGCAGACGCCACAGAGGGACCAAUCCGAGCGUAUUUGCUAGACGUGGCGGACACAGAGGAGCAAGACAUGGCGCUCAACAUCCACGCUGCUUCGGCGGGUCUUGGCGGUGCAGUUGGCUACGCUCUUGGUGGUUUAGACUGGACUCACACCUUCCUCGGAGCAGCCUUCAAGUCCCAGGAGCAGAUCCUGUUCUUCUUUGCUGCCAUCCUCUUCUCUGUGUCUGUGGUUUUGCAUCUCUUCAGCAUCGAAGAGCAGCAAUACUCUCCCCAAAAUGACAGACUGGACCAGGAGAGUCCAGAUCCCGCCAACCAGCAACUAUCAGCCAACGGCAGGACUGGACUUCUCGCUCCCAAGUUGGAAAUGAUCGGAGAAGAUGACACGAUGGACAGCUACAACCUCUAUGACCCCUAUGAAGAUGACCAUUCAGAGCCAGGUGAUAUGGACAUGGACUUUCUAGAGGUGGAGCUCGUGAGAAGUAAAAGUGACAGCGUUCUCGCCAUGGCAGACUGCACUCUCGACCACUUGGACCAUGAUCCGUUUUUCCUGUGCCACCUUGAGCCGUCCAUCUUUGCCGACCGCCUUUCGCCCUAUCACGGCUCGCCGCCGCCGACAUCCUACUUGUUCCACCCCAAUCACACUCCCUCCAGGUAUAGCAACAUCAGACGCAGCAGCAGCGCGGGAAGCGAGGACCUUCUCCGCGCUCAAAUCGACAACCACCAAACACACGCCGUCACUCCCAGAACUUCCCGCCUCACCUCUUUCUUACAAGAAAUGGAGAAUGAAGACAGACAGGAGGCUCUGCUUCACAACCAGCUCAAUGAGCAGCGUGCCAUGAAUGGGCAGCUGUUAGCCAGUGGAACCAACGCUGAUAGAGAUCACACUAACAGCCUGAGCUCUAAAGGACAGGCCCAUCGGGCUGGGAUGGUCAAAGCUGCCAGCACUGGAGCUCCGACGAGGCAGUCACGUCACCGACACACCUUCUACCGCCAGCCGUCAUGCACCUUCUCCUACUACGGCCGAGUGGGGAGCCACCGCUAUCGCUACCGCCGCGCCAACGCCGCGCUUCUCAUCAAGCCGUCUCGCAGCAUGAACGACCUGUACGAAGUGGAGGCCAGACACAGGAGGAGGAGCAGACAGAGGAACAGACACCGCAGUGGAAACACCAACUCCUCCAGCGGAGACACAGAGAGUGAAGAGGGCGAGGUUGAGACCACUGUGCGGCUGCUGUGGCUCUCCAUGCUGAAGAUGCCUCCGGAGCUUCUACGACUGUGUGCCUGUCACCUGUUCACCUGGUUCGCCAUCAUCGCCGAGGCCGUGUUUUUCACCGACUUCAUGGGACAAGUCAUUUACCACGGAGAUCCCACCGCUCCUACCAACUCUACUUUGCUGGUUAACUAUCACAGAGGCGUUCAGAUGGGAUGCUGGGGACUGGUUAUAUAUGCCAUGACUGCUGCUACCUGCUCAGCUCUCCUUCAGAAGUACCUUGACAACUUUGACCUGAGCAUCAAGAUCAUCUACAUCCUUGGAACACUUGGAUUCUCUAUCGGAACCGCUGUCAUGGCAAUCUUCCCUAACGUGUAUGUUGCCAUGGUGAUGAUCAGUAGUAUGGGCAUCAUCUCCAUGAGUAUCUCCUAUUGCCCUUACGCUCUGCUAGGACAGUAUCACGAAAUGAAAGAGUACAUCCAUCACAGUCCUGGUAACUCCCGGCGAGGCUUUGGUAUCGACUGUGCCAUCUUAUCAUGUCAGGUGUACAUCAGUCAGAUCCUGGUGGCCUCAGCUCUGGGUGCAGUGGUGGAAGCUGUCGGCAGCGUCCGUGUAAUUCCCCUUGUCGCCUCUGGGGGCUCCCUCCUUGGAUUCUUCACUGCGUGCUUUUUGGUCAUUUACCCAUCUCCCAACAGCGGGGAGGGGAACUCAGCCAAAGCGUCCGAGAAGCGAGCCCUGACGACGACGGCGGAAAAUCCAAGUAGUGGUGAAGCGGCUGUUGCCGUGGCGAUAGAGAAACCCAGCUUUCUGAAACUCAACAAGAAGGGCAAAGCCACUACCACCACCACUUCCUGUCACACUGAAAGCGAGUCUGCCCUGUGAUUGGCCGGCGGAAUUCACUUUCAUCACCAGUGCUGCUGGAAAAAGACACAAGGAUGACCCACAAAAAACAAAGAGGAGCAAUGGAGCUCUCUUUAGGUCUGUCCUUGCUUUCUAUAAUUCGGACUUUGCUGCAGUAAACAACUCAAUCCGGCAUGGGACCAGUGUCAUACCAGACCCACAUGCCCUGCAAAAAAAAGAAGAAAUCAUUCUGGUCCUAGCGCUGCUGUUUCAGCUGUCUCUGAAAAUUCCUUCCACUCAUCCCUCACAUCGACGAUAAGUGAGUCACUUAUGGGUCGUUGUUUUAAAGCAACACUAUGUAACUUUAGACACUUAAGACACUUAAAACAAAGACUAUUAAUCUCUUCAACAGAAAUCCUUCAUAGUUUUAGGUUUCCUCGCUUAAUUUCAAAGAUGAAAGCUACUUUUUAAUCAGUUUACAAUCUUCUCAACAUCAUUAAGUUACAUACUUGGAGAUGAAGUUACUCAGUGCAGUGAAAAGAGGCGUUCACGGGCCUGGUUUGAGAAUGAGGAAAAACACCAUUCUCCCUAUAACAAGUCAAGACAAGAUUAUUUGAAACCUGUUAUUUUAAUUUAAAACAAAGUUGCAUAAUGUUGCUUUAAGGUGAGGUUUUCUCCGUCUCUCAGGGCCUCUAGGAGGUGCUACUGAGCAGCCGCCUGGACACGAAACUUCAGGGGAUUCACACUUAUACAAACUCUCUCACGCACACACACACACGCAUGCACACGCACAUGCACACCUCUACAUCUGAAUCGGAUGAACGCCUGAAUAAUGAACGCUGUUGAUGAACAUUACUCUUUGAAGCUGCAAUCACUUAAAAAAAAAAAAAAAAAGGUUCUUCCUCGCUGUGGAACCGCACCAAUCGAAUCUUUGCCUCGUGAUGUGGACACUUUUGGACGAGAGAGACAGAGUGUGUGUGCGUUUGACAUCUCAAGUUGGAGUCACAGCGUUCACCAAAAUAAACCGAACGCACUCGACUUUGCAGGACUUUUACAGCAUCUGUGACAGUAGCUUUAAGACUCUCGAGACUUUUGGAAAACGGCAAAUUGUGAAACUAAGGCCCCGGAGUCUGGUUCCUGGAGGAGAUUCUGCAGAUCACAGGUGUUUUGUUUUUGCCUUCGUCACAAAACAGAAGACCUAGCGUCUUUCAUUUAGCUUUGAUUCCAGGACAAAAAAAAGAAAUGGACAGCGUUAAAUAAGCUCUGUUUGUGAGUGUUAGGUUGAUGUUUAUUGAGUGAAAGAGCAAAGAUGCAAUAUCUGCGGCAUACAGGGCAUUACAAUCCCAAAUACUAUUUUCAUGUGUGUUGUUUUGGAGCAGUCAGAGACAAUAAUGACACGAUGCUUCUGUUUAUUUUGAAAAAUCAGACAAACCUACUUGCUGCAUGUUAGAGGAGCGGAGAAAAACAAACCAAACAGCAGAGGAGAAGGGAGAUGUGGAGUUCUUCUCUCUCUCUCUUUCUCUCUUUUUUUAACAUGAAAAGCUGUUUACACAAAGUUUGUUACUAAUCGCACAUUAGCUGAGCCAUUGUUGAUGAAAGCGUUGCAGCGUUUAAUCAGAAAAGCAUCUGAGGACUUUUAGCGUCUUGGUUUUGUUUGUCUUAUGUGCGUGAGCAGCGGGGCGGAGUUCCCUGACACUGCUCUGUUCCAGUGGAUCCAGUAAAUAUACCAGAAAUGACCAGUGUCUCAAAUGGACACCAUCAUAUUUAUAAAUGGAUCCUGGUUAUUUGAAAAGAAAGACAUCGUCACUGUUUUAGGGCCUUGUUGCUUCCGCCUCGGUGGAGGACUGUGGUCCUGCUUUGGUUGAACUUUAAAAGAGAAUGGAAUAAAGUUGUGGUUUAACUGCCA